UUCAUCACGCAUCCGCCGCUGCCGGGAUCCCCUUCCAUGCCGCCGCCUCUUUUCUUAGAGGCAAGGAAAGAAGAGAAGAGAAGAGAGUGCGAGCGGCGGCGAGGCGCUGGCUGGCUCCCUCUCAACGGCGACCUCAUUGGCUCGCCAUCUCUCUCUCUCUAGACCCUCCGCGCGGCGACCUGCCCGCUGCUAGCUCCACCAUCCCGGAGGAGGGCCAGGCUGUGGUAGUGUAAGAUGGCUUCGCCGGAGCCGUCCGCGGCGGCUGCCGGGGCGGACGGCGCUUCGGCUAGCCAGGCGGCCGUGGUGGAGCCGAUUCGGAUGCCGACGCCGGAGGAGAUCAAGGGGCAGGACAUCUGGAACAACUGCGCCGUCCGCAGCGUCGUCAGUGGCGUCAUGGGGGGUGGUCUUGGCGUGCUUAUGGGACUAUUCUUUGGAGCUUUGGACAACCCAAUUACAACAGAGGAGAUGACAGCAAGGCAGCAAAUAGUAUACACAGCUAAGCAGAUGGGUAGGCGAAGUAUAAGCAAUGCCAAAACCUUUGCAGUUAUGGGCCUGAUUUUCUCUGCUGCGGAAUGUGUCAUAGAGAAGGCUCGUGCAAAGCAUGACACUACCAAUACAGCAGUAGCUGGCUGUGUCACGGGAGGAGCUUUAGCUGUAAAAGGUGGUCCUAAAGCUACAUGUGUUGGAUGUGUGGGGUUUGCUACCUUCUCGGUAAUGAUUGAGAAGUUCUUUGAUCGUCAUACUUGAAUCAUUUGAUGGAAACUUUGUGUCACCCUAUCCGCCAUUAAUUUUAAGUGAAGCUUUUUGUAGCAAGUUAGCAACCAUGAGAUGGAUUGAGCACCCAGAAAACCAAGCCAUUUUACAACAUUCACUGUUUGACAUUGUCUUAUGAGGUCUUGCCUUGCAGGCCAUGGUUUUGUUAUUCUACCAGUACUACCCAACAUCGUAGGCAUAAGCUAGAGUAGCUGCGAGGUCUAUAGAAACCAAGCUUUAAUACAAUGAUUUCGAGUUAUGCAAUAUGUUGUAUUAUUCUCACUAUACGGCUGCUGCUAUAUUCAUCCCUAUCUUUCCGCAUCUGCUU